CCUCCGGCCGCCCAGCACCGCGACAGACACCGGCGCCGGCCUAUCGCACCGGAGCCGGACCCCCCGCAUCCCUCCCUGUGCCCUGCCCACCCCGGCGGUCUUCUUCCCCAGCCCUGCCAGAGCCAAUCCGCGAGUGGGUGUAAGUAGGGCAAGCCGCUUCCUGGUUCUCAGAAAGGAGGAGCUGGGAGUCGGAGUGGGCCAGCGGCAGGCGGCAGGCGGCAGACAGGGGGGUCAGAGCAGCGCGAAGAGCCGGGGCACGUCUGCGGGGAAGAGCGGCUGCACCACAGAGGAGCAAGCGGGAGGAAAAACGCUGACGCACGGCUUGGAGAAGAAGCUCAGGUGUGACGCGCCGAGGACGAAGCGAGAAGAAACAAACAGAAGGAUUAAAAAAGUAAGAGAAGGAGAAGAAGUGAGCGCGGGGUGGGACGGAGCGAUCCAGGAAGUGUGGAGGUCGCCCAGGUGGGAGGCGACGCGUCAGGACAGGUGUCUCCCCGCAGCGGCGCUCAGGUGUGUGACCUCAGCUGACCUCAGAGCAGCAGAACCAAAGAGGAGAGGAGAGCGAGAGAGACAGAAAGCAGGCACCCAUCUUCUUCUGGGUUUAUGGACUUGAGUGGUCGACCAUCUUCACUGAGCACAGGAAGAGGAAACUGAUCAGGAUCAGUGGCAAUGUCUCCAGGAGAGGACGGUCUGAUCGGGAUCCCCUUCCCAGAGCACAGCAAUGAGCUCUUGUCCCACCUCAAUGACCAGAGGAGGACGGGGCUCCUGUGUGACCUCACGCUGACCUCCCGCGGGGCUCGCUAUCCAACUCACCGCUCUGUCAUGGCCGCCGUCAGUUUAUACUUCCGUGGGCUGUUCGGGGCAGAGGAGGGGGGCGGCGAGGGCGGAGGGGGCUUCAGCGUUUGCCAGCUGGACUGUGUGGCACCCGAUGCCCUGGACGCCUUGCUGGAGUUCGCCUACACCGCUACGCUGACCAUCCCGAGCUCUGGCAUGAGAGACGUGCUGCGAGGCGCUCAGCUCCUGGGCAUCCAGUGUGUGGCUGAUGCCUGCAGAGACAUCCUGGGGGAGACGGCGGAGGCAGAGGGCGAGACGGCAGAGGAGCAGAGAGUCCAACACACAGCACCCAAGAGGAUGCCAGAGGCAGAGAGGGGUAUAGCGAGAUGCUCCCGAAGAAAAAACGACAAAAAGAAAGUGAAAAAAGUUGGGUUGCAUCACAUCCCUUCCUCGGUUUUGAUCCCAUCACCUGCUUCUCCCAUCUCUCACCCUUCGCCUGCAUCCGACAGCCUCCGCUCGUUCCCGUCCACCCAGCCGCCCAGCCCCGAUCAGGAGGAGCCCAAAUUAGGGCAAAACGGAGGAGACCCCAGGUUGAUCAGAGAGCCAGGGAGGGGUGCCACCAUGAACGGGGGGCUGCUUCACUGGCUGCAUGAGCGACCGCGUAUAGCCCAGCCUCCUCCUGUCCCACGAUCGAUUGAUAAGCUGUCGGAGAACAGUGACAUGGAAGGUUUUGGCGAUGACAGCGUGCUGAUGGGAAGCACUUCCACGCCUACAGCUGUAGCUGAGCGAGGAGCGGCAACGUCAGCAGUGGGAGGGGGGAGGAAGAGGAAGUCUCAGACGCCCCAGCAGUGUCCCGUCUGUCAGAAGAUCAUCCACGGAGCGGGAAAACUGCCCCGACACAUGAGGACACACACCGGAGAAAAACCCUUCCAGUGCUCUGCCUGUGGAGUCCGCUUCACCCGGAAUGAUAAGUUGAAGAUCCACAUGAGAAAACACACAGGCGAGCGCCCCUACCCAUGCCCCCACUGCCCCGCCAGGUUUCUACACUCGUACGACCUCAAAAACCACCUGUCCCUCCACAGUGGGGCACGACCCUUCGAGUGCCCGCUCUGCCACAAGGCCUUCGCCCGGGAGGACCACCUCCAACGUCACCGCAAGGGACACAGCUGCCUGGAGCUGCGCACACGCCGGCCCAGGCGUGGUCCUGAGCUCAUGGAGGAUGAAAGAGAGGAUGGGGGCCGGAUGGAGCACUCCAAUCCUCUUGAGGCUUUGUCGCAGGCCCACUCCUCUGCGUUUCUCUCCAACACGGUCCUGGAUGGUGGGAGUGGGUCCAGCGCUGGCCCUUCGCUGCUGUUUCCAGGCGACGUCGAGAGGGGCCGUUUCGCCCUUCAGGCUCUGGCCCAGCUCGGGCCUCACAGGCUGGCCGGCUACCCUCAGCUCUUCCUGCGGGGGCUGGAUCUGCGAGGGGCCAGAGAGGCGGAGAUAGAAGAUCCAGGGGGAACCCAUUCGCCGUCUGCGUUCCGCGAUCAAUGGGCAGAUGAAGUAGAGGAGGAAAUCGGAGAUGAGGAAGUCGAGGAGGAGGAGGACGACUAGUGGAAGGAGAGUGUGUGUCUGUGUGGUAAAGCAUCCACAGUAAAAAAUAAAAAAAUAAAAUAAAAAUCUCACUCAGGUGGCUGGACUAAUGACCUGCUGCUCCUAUAUAGAGAGCGCUUUAAAGAAAACUAUGAUAUUUAAAGAAAAUUAUGGAAAACGGGUUUUCAGAGAUAUUUUAAAUGUUUGUCUUCUGGCUUUUGGAAUUUAAUUUCAUUUGUCCUUUUAAAUUGUAUUCCUUGUUUGCUGUUUAAUUUGGAUGUAUUUUAGGUCUGAGCUGUUUCUUUAUGAUCGUAUUUUCUAGCUGGACGUGUGUGUGCGUGUAUGUGUGUGUGUGUGUUUUGAGAGUGUGUGUGUGUGUGUGUACUGGGAUGCUUUUCACUAUGCAAACUAAAAUCCAGAGCUGCAACUUGGAGGGAUAUUUGAAGAUGUAUAUUUUAGUUACAAAUAUAAUGUAUUGAUUCAGGUGCAAUCCAGAACUCAUAUCAUGUAGAUCUCAAGAAUGGGUGUGUGGGCUCACUGUCCUCUGGUGGUUAUCAGUGGAACUGCAGCCUAAAUCCAACCUGCACAUUAUAAGCAAUAAUGUUCUUUUUAUCUUUUCUUUCUGAUUUUAGAGUCUUUGCUUUGAUUUGGUGCUUGAACCAAAGAUUGUAGUUUUGUUUUUCUUAGAUCUCAAGUUAACAGGAGAGGAGAGAAGUGAUUUGUGGCCAAUGUUGGGUUUGAAGAGAAAAAUCCUGCCCGACUGUUUUGAUCGCCAUGAGAAAGAAUCCGCUUCCAUAUGUGAGUGUUGCAGAGCGGUAGAGCUCUGUGUCCGAUGCCUGACCAAAAGAGACGAAGUUUGGAUGAAUGAGUUGAUGCUGAUUAAAUGUUGAAGACAAUUCUUCCUUUUCCCAGAGGCUGUGGAUUUCAGUCUUCCAAUGCACUCCUUAAGGUUCCAUGUUCGGAGAGAAAAAAAAAAGUAGAAAAGGGAGCCAGGUGAGGGUAUGAAUGAUCGCUUUCCCCCUGUCUUCUGUAUUUAUUUAUUUAUUGUUAUUUAUUAUGGCUCUUCUGCUGAAACUCUUGCGCGAGAGCAGAUCCAGGGUUGGAAACAGAUCACGACCCCUUUACUCGACUAAGUCUUACAAGAAGCUGCAUUGCGAUAUAGAUUUUUGGCUCGACAUCUCCAUAUACCUAAACGCCUUUUUUUUACGGGCUGCGUGUCUUCUUUUGGCGAUUCUUCCUCAAAAGCGUUCUUUGCACAUUUAACCCUGUCAGGUACUGCAAUAACACAGGCACAUUCCAUCCUCCGGGGUAGAGAGAGAGAGAGAGAGAGAGAAGGGAACAGAGCAAACAAAACUUUUUGUAACUGGACCACAAGAUGACUUUGCUGUUUGACGUUUCCAUGCUUUUCUGUUGUUGAAUCAACAUGUAUAGUACUGUAUCAUUGCAUGGCAGUUCUUAUAGAUCGGCCACCGCUGUGUCUAAAGGGGCCAUUAACUUGUGUUUGUCUAUCUUUGACCAAAAACCUUUUUAGUUUCAUUACGCUUCUCUGGACCAAUACAUUACAGGGUGUAAUGCAGUUGUUAAUGGCUUCUGAAAGACAUGCUGUUGUCUUUUUAUUUCCAAUUCCUGUGAUACCCAUGUAGCCAGAACCUGCUGUAGCAGUUGAUCCGGUCUGGCCUCGUGUGCACUAUCCGCUCCUUGCUGUGUAGUAAACCAUUUUUUUAAAUUUCCUGUUUAUUUGCACUAUGAGAUUUGAGAGCUUCAAGCCUUUUUGUCAGAUGUUCUGUCUAGUCCAUUAACUCACUCAAUACCAUUUAAAAUUUGUGAUCGAAAUAGACAAUAGGACGACGUCUUUGUAACCCACAUACAUCGAAUACUCUUCCUCCUGUAUAUUGGUACAGUUAUUGUCAAAUGUAAUAUAUUGGGAGUUGCCUUUGGGUUUUUUUGUGCUGCAACUAUUCUCAGGAAAUCUUGAGCGAUGCACUAAGUGAUUAUACAAAAUUAUAAAAUGGGAAGAAAUAGUUUGGUGCUACAGGGCGACUCACACUCUUCAUGUUAGUGUAAGGCCAGUAGUUUCAAGAAGAUGUGAUUUUUGUAUUUUAACAUUCAAAGAAAAAAACUAUGAUUCAAACCUAACGUGAGGGGAAAACAGACAAAUGAAAGUAAACUGCUGGCCUUACUGGAACCAGUCCUACUGGAAUGGCGGUGUGACAGUUGGUCCUGUUCGUGGAGGGUGUAGCUGCUCCCAGUCGGAGCAGUGUGAGUGAAUGAGGGUUAACUGAUGCCAGCUGUGAAGUGUGUGUUUCUGUGUGAGCUGUUUGUUUUCUUGGCUUCGGUGAAGGGACAUGGGGUCUGUAAUGAGCAGAGACCCCGCUAUCAGGGAUACAUUUUUUUUGUCUUUGAGUUUUUAGUGGAACCUUCUCAGAGCUAUGAAUUCAUUUUCCCAUGUUUCAGUUCUUGUAAAGAAAAGAAAUAAAGAUAUCUAAGCUUGCAA